AUGAUUGAGUUGGCAACCCUACAAUGGAAAGGAAAAGGAAUGAAUGCCACUAUCCUUAAGUUGUGCUUGUCUGCCACAGUGUCUCACAUGUGGAAAGAAAGGAAUGCAAAGGGAGUUAAUAUGCCCGCUGGAAUAAUGAUUCCGGCGAGACAGACCUCGCCGAUGAUAGGAGUUAACGGGAAUGUUGGUGGAUAUGGAUCUUCUUCUGGGCUUACUCUUGGUCAGCAAAAUAUAAUGGACGGCCAGCUUCACCUUUUGGAUAUGGGUCAAAACACAUCUGAAGGCGAUAUGGCUAGGUUGAGAGACGAUGAUUUCGAAAGCAAGUCCGGCAGUGAAAACAAUGACGGUGCCUCCGGCGAAGAUCAAGACCCUAAUCAGAGGCCAAAGAAAAAGCGCUACCAUCGCCACACUCAACAUCAGAUACAAGAAAUGGAAGCUUUCUUCAAGGAGUGUCCACACCCAGACGACAAGCAAAGGAAGGAACUGAGCCGUGACCUAGGGUUGGAACCUUUGCAAAUCAAGUUUUGGUUCCAAAAUAAGCGUACCCAAAUGAAGACCCAACAUGAGCGGCAUGAAAACACACAGCUUCGAACUGAGAAUGAAAAGCUUCGCGUAGACAACAUGAGAUAUAGAGAAGCUCUUAGCAACGCCUCUUGUCCUAAUUGUGGAGGUCCAACUGCUAUAGGAGAGAUGUCAUUCGAUGAACAUCAUCUGAGGUUGGAAAAUGCUCGUUUAAGAGAAGAGAUUGAUCGGAUUUCAGGAAUAGCUGCAAAGUAUGUGGGCAAGCCUGUGGUGAACUACCCCAUUAUUUCACCUCCCAUGACUCCUCGUUCACUUGAUCUUGGUGUUGGUCCGUUUGGGGGCCAACCUGGGAUUGGAGGGGACAUAUUGUAUGGAGCAGGAGACCUACUCAGGUCAAUCAGUGGACCUUCUGAGGCUGAUAAGCCAAUGAUAAUUGAGCUUGCAGUUGCAGCCAUGGAGGAACUGAUAAGAAUGGCACAGGUGGGGGAGCCAUUGUGGUUGCAAGGCAUUGAUGGCACCAACAGUUUGCUAAAUGAAGAAGAAUAUAUAAGGACAUUUCCUAGAGGCAUUGGACCGACUCCUAUCGGGUUUAAAUGUGAAGCAUCUCGAGAAACUGCUGUUGUGAUUAUGAACCACCUUAGUCUCGUUGAGAUUCUCAUGGAUGUGAAUCAGUGGUCGACUGUGUUUUCUGGAAUAGUCUCCAGAGCCAUGACACUGGAAGUCCUAUCAACUGGGGUUGCUGGGAACUGCAAUGGAGCCUUACAAGUGAUUACUGCAGAAUUUCAAGUCCCUUCACCACUCGUUCCAACUCGUGAAAGCUACUUUGUAAGGUAUUGUAAGCAACAUGGUGAGGGGACUUGGGCAGUGGUUGAUGUUUCUCUGGACAAUAUACGCCCCAGUCCAUUAGUGAGAUGUCGGCGCAGGCCAUCUGGAUGCUUGAUCCAUGAAAUGCCGAAUGGAUACUCAAGGGUUACAUGGGUUGAGCAUGUUGAAGUGGAUGACAGAGGAGUUCAUAAUAUAUACAAGCCCCUAGUUAAUUCUGGCCUUGCUUUUGGUGCAAAACGUUGGGUCACUGCUCUUGAUCGUCAAUGCGAACGCCUUGCAAGUGCCAUGGCAACAAAUGUUCCUGCCAAUGACAUGAACAUGAUCACAAGUCUAGAAGGUAGAAAGAGUAUUUUGAAGCUGGCUGAGAGAAUGGUCAUAAGCUUUUCAGCUGGAGUGAGCGCCUCUACUGCUCACACAUGGACGACGCUAUCUGGAAGUGGAGCUGAUGAUGUGAGGGUCAUGACACGGAAGAGUGUAGAUGAUCCAGGCAGACCUCCUGGUAUUGUGCUAAGUGCUGCAACUUCUUUCUGGCUUCCGGUUCCACCAUACAGGGUGUUUGAUUUCCUCAGGGAUGAGAACACUCGAUGUGAGUGGGACAUUCUUUCUAACGGAGGGGCUGUUCAAGAAAUGGCACAUAUUGCGAAUGGCCGUGAAACUGGCAAUUGUGUGUCAUUACUGCGAGUAAGCAGUACAAAUUCCAAUCAAAGCAACAUGCUGAUCUUACAAGAAAGUUUCAUCGAUCCAACAGCUUCAUUUGUCAUCUAUGCACCUGUCGAUAUUGCUGCCAUGAACGUGUUACUAAGUGGUGGUGACCCUGAUUAUGUGGCCCUUCUUCCCUCUGGAUUUGCUAUACUCCCGGACGGACCUCUAUCGCAAGGUGGUGGCGUUGGUGAUGCUGGCUCUGGUGGAUCUCUACUCACAGUUGCAUUUCAGAUAUUGGUCGAUUCGGUUCCUACAGCAAAACUCUCUCUUGGAUCU